CGCCUGCAUUUUGCGCCCCCUUGAAUGUCAAGGAAACGAUCUCUUCUCCGUCUCGACAUUUGCAUAUGGAAACGUUACAGUCCGAUUUCAAUUAUCGAACCUUGCCUUGUCACAAAGGAAAACGAAAUCAUUGUAACGACGACGAUUCACCGAACAAGUCACGAAAUUUUUGUACUCGGUCGUUCUUCGCAAAUCGCUAAAAAGAGGGUCUGGAACAUGGACCGCAAAAUAAUUUUUUCAACGUUGUUACACGUUCUGGGGAUCGUUUGUCACUCAUCUUCGGCGGAUACACCGGAAAAUGCACUUGUCCCCAGGACUGAGAUCGUGGAGAACGGCAGGCUCGCGGAGAACUGGAGCGACAAAUUACCGCAUUCUACGGAAGACGUUGAUCUGAGCGGUCUGGGUUUAGAAACAGUGAAGCUGACCACGUUCGCAAAAUUCGAUGAAUUGAACGCCGUCAAUUUAUCAUCUAACAAAUUGUCGUCAACUAGUGAAAUAGCGAUCGCAGUUGAGCGCGUGAAGCCGCUUACUUUGGACUUAUCACACAACAACUUGGGCCUUACACUGUACAGAGAAAACACGCUGCUCUUAUUCGACGCGAUAAAGUACUUUUGGUCCAUCAACUUGUCGCACAAUCGCGUACACGGACUUGAGAUCGACUUCGACGUGGUUCACCUGAAUUUGUCGAACAACGAAAUUAAGUGCCACAACAGAAUUAAACGACAUCGUUUUCACAGCGAUGAGAUUUACGUCGCGACUUUGGACCUUUCCCACAACUUGAUCAAUUGUCAGUCAAAGCUUUUCUCCGUGCACAUCAGCAAGCUCGACAUGUCGUACAACAAACUCGAUGGCAUAGGGCCGGAACUUUUCGAGGGACUGAGAGGCUUGGUUGAACUAAAUAUUACCCACAACAAUAUUCGAUAUAUUCAUCCACGGGCCUUCGUGAACAAAACGUACAUGACCAAGUUGAAUCUACACUCGAAUCAUUUGAGAAACGUCUACAGUCUAGUUUUCCGUUCAACUUACAGUCUGAGGUUCGUCGAUUUGUCGGCAAACAGGCUGACUUACACCCAUUGGUACGAUGCAUACCCACAACUUGAAAAUACAUCAUCCACGGAAGUCGGGGUUUACGUUUUGGACGAGCGCCAUAACCGAUAUCCGUUCAUUACCGAAGAUAUAAAUUAAUCUCAUACACCGAUCUCAAGCCGACGUUCGGCUUUUCAGUUGUAUAAUUUUGAAUUGCCCAAAAAAAUCAAGUUCCUGGAUAGCUUCUGAAAUCUCUAAUAAUUUUGAUCUAAAAAAUUUCGUACAAAUAAGAAGUUUAAUAACACAUGUUUCGUGUUUGAAACGAAUUCUAAAUUUUUCGUAUUAGGCACAUUUUCAUCCGAAUCAUAAGAAUACGAUAAGACCUUUUUCGAGAAUUGUCGAGAUACUUACUCUUCAAGAAAAAUCUACUUUUGUCAUAUAUUCGAUACAAAAAAAAAAUAACCAAGUUCUACUGAAGUGAGUAAAAAGUUUUAGUUACCUUUAGAUCAGGAAAAGCAGAAAAUAUUUUGCUAUACAUCUGUAAAUUCUACAAUAAAUCGUAUCGCUAUUGACGAUGAUUAUACAGCGGUUCCGAAGUCGCUACCCAAAAACGAGACUAAAUUGAACGUUGAAAAAAUUGUGAACGAAAGUAAUAUAUAUGGUAAACGAAGGAAGAAAUUAACUUGGCAAAUUAGUAACUAAGGUGUGUAAAACUUGAAAAUUAUGUAAAGCACCUACAAGCUGAACACUUUUGAAUUAAUUGUCUGUAUAAUAACGGUACAAUGUUGCAUCGAUGAUCUAAAAUCAAUUUCUUUCGUUUUGUUUCAUGGUAAUCAGAUGAUUCAUAAUUCUUCUUCAUUGCUUGAAUUUAAGCUUUGCCUUCGAUUUUCUCGCAUGGUCGAUCUAUAUCCCUAUGUAUCAUGUAUUGUAUACAUUUGUAUUCUCUAAAAAGAAGCUGAAGAUUCAACGUAAAGCUAUUCUUGCUGCACUGCGAUAAAAUUAAAACAAAGAGGCCACACUGAGUAGUUUCAAAAAAUUCAUCCACUUGCAUUUCAUACCUUUCAAAAGUUAGAUGACUUUUUGGCUGCCCUUUCUUCGCAAUAAAUAUUGCAACUUGUCCAUAAGCUGUAUCGUUUGGUUGUUUUUCGCCUAGCUUUCGUCAAUGCUUUUUUAUCAAUUUUGUGCAUUUUUCUGUUGUAAAACAUGAUAUUUACAGGAAUUGUUCUCUACUUAAUACAAUCAAAAAAUUACAUUUUAUCGUAAUGCGACACAUAAUCAAAAAGUGCUAUACUUUAUCUGCAGUAUUUGUGAACUUGUUAAUGUUUAAGUCCACCUGUAAAACUGCUAGGUAUCUGCAGUGCCGACGAAGUUUGAAGCGUGGGUGGGUAUUAACGAAAUUCUUCAGGCAUACGAGCAUUUAAUACCGUUGAAAGUUAAGGUAGAACUUACGUGUAGUAACUGUUAUCCGAAUAAGAAAGAUUUGAAAUGUGAAAAAGGUAACCAAGUGCCAAAAUCAACUCAUGACGAAAACGUAUGAAAAACUCAUCACCAAUCUCUGUCGUGAAAUCAGGAAAGAAUUGCGCGUUAUACAUAUUCUCAGUAUAAAGUAUCAUCGUAAAAUCGAAUCUCGUUGUUCCGUCAUACGUGUAAUGACAUAGAAACAUCGUUCCGAGAGCUACGAACUUGGCAAUAGCUCAUUUCAGUAAUAUCCUCAGCAGAUAAGCAAUUCCUAUUUCCCAGUGAAAUUAUAUUUAUUCGAAAUCAGCGCGUUCGAAUUGAAAUUUCACUUCAGUUAUCAUAACUUCAAAUUCACUCCUGACGCAACGGACAACGGCAACCAGACAAACACGGUUCACCCUUUUUUAGAGAACGGAUCUAUGGCCCGCAGUUUAGAAAAGGACACAAUGUACGAUAUAAGAAGAGCAACAACGAACUUGGCGAGUAUUAGUCUUUCUAGUAUUUGACAUGUAAUGCAAAUUCUGAUUACACCGUUUAGAAUUAACCUGUUGGGUAUAUAGUAUAUCCGGGAAAGUCCACAUCCAACUCGAUCGAUGUCGAAUCCACAAUCUUCUCGAAUUCUUUGUUAAUAUUGUAUCUAUUUCUCAAGAUGCAGUAGAUAUUGAAUGUUUCUUUCAGAUCUUUACCUCACGUGGUUUUCUCGACGUGUGUAAGAUUUUCAAUUUUGAUGAUUUCUUUCGCAAUAAAUAUUUCUUACUGACCAUAACUUCCGAACACUAAAUUCGACCAUCAAAGUUAUAAAAUUCAUAUUGUUCUUACUGAAAUUCAUUUUUUUUUAAAUAAAUUUCAUUACUCAAAAAUGUACAACACGCUUCGAACAAUGAAAUUAUAUGUCGAAAUACUGUUAAAUUCAACUUACAUUUUUAUUGUCUUGUUUUACGAAAUCAGCUACAGGUUCUAUGUAAGACGCUAUAGUUAACACCUCUGGAUAACACUUGCAGGAUUCCAUUGUUACCGAUUUUACUUCGGCAAUCGGUAACAAAAUUUCAUAGAUUCUCGACGAAAGUUUCGCCGUUAACCGAAGAAUCUAAAACCCGUUAUCCCAGGGUGAAUUUUCGUAACCAAUACUCGGAGGGUAAGUGGGAUUGGGACCAUAAAAAGUCGUGGUAGCGAUUCGGCAGCUUCUUUAUCGACGAGAGCCGUUUAACACGCAAUCCCUUAAGACACACAAAACCCAAUUAGGCAACGGAUUAGGAUAAUCGUUUUUAACAGUCUUCAGUCAACGGUUGCGCGUAAUCCUUUUGCAUUACCAAUCAACGAAAUUUCAGCAGUCGAAUUGGAACAUUUGUAACUCAUGAUAAAAUUCACUGUACGAAGCUUGCUGAGGUUUUCUGAAUUUUGCAAUUGCAAAAUAAUGUAUUUCACAAAAGAGUUGAUCAGUUUUCAGGACAGACAGUCCAAGUGUCCAAAAAUUUAUUCGCAAAAAAUCUGAUGAAUUGAAAAUUUUAGAAAUUAAUUCCAUCCUGAUCGCAAAUCCAAAACCAAUGAUCCCGCGUUAAUGUAACAAAAGCUCUUGCACUAUAGCAGAAUGUGAUUAUACAUCGUAGACAAAUUUUAUCUUUGUUCAUAGUGGGCGUCAUUGAUUUCUCCGCAGUAAAUUUACCGUCCAUACUUGUAAUAACUAGUCUAAACGUGGCAGUUAACACCGAUAAAAUACAACUAGAAUUGCACAUUGUUAAGCCUGGCAGACCAUGGUAAAGAUUUCUUUGCAGCGAUGCAGUUCGUAUAGUGCGGGGCAUAAAGUAUAAUGUAAAACUGAGAGCCGACGCAGAAAUCGGUAAAAAUUCUAGGAAGCUUAAAUUAAACCGCUUCUUGUUUUGCAAUCGUAUUCGUUUUCGCCUAAGAGCGUUCCGGUGUUGUCCACAAUCGAAAGCAUAAACUGUCCGGGUUCCAGGUACGGCCCUAUCGAUAUUGGCGCCCGUCUCGAGCCCCCGGCACGUGGCUUAUCUUAAGAGGCACCGUAUUCGGCCCUGCGGUUUUAAUUCAAAUAAAUUCAACUUGACGAAGGGGGCAGCCUUUUAACAUUCCUCCGAUAAGACUCUGAACGGUCGACCGACGCUCACCGCUGCAUCAUAUAUUCGGCUUCGCACCGAACGUGCAGUGAUUGUUUUUGUGUUGAUUAUUUCUUAUUUCCCCUAGUUUUUUAGACCGUCAUUUUCAUUUUUCCUUUCAUUUUGGACUUCAUGUGAUAUUUUUUACACUUAUUGUAUACGGUUUGCAUUACACUAUAUCGGACAAGAUCGCCGUUACUCGUUCAACAUGCCGCGGUAGCAAAAUGUUGAUCUGUUUCGGGCUCAAAAGCAUUUUUUUUUUCUGUUUUCAAAUCCAAGUUUCUAUCCUGUAACUA